UGAAAUAUAAAUAAACAAAACGGUCGUAAACGGUUAAAAACUAUCAAUUACCCCCACAUUAUAUACGUCACUGAGAAGCACUCCUUACUUCAACCAGCUGUCUUCAUGACGUCACAAAUGGGGGCUCACAUGGGGUUCGCCUUGUUAUUUAAGAGCGCAUGGUAUUCAAUGCAAUCGAUCUACAAUGAAGAAUUUGAAACUGAUGUACAAAAGCUAACGUUAAAGUCAAGACUUUAUAUCGUCAUCAGCUGCCAGCUAUGAAGUGGCCUUGAUGUAUUGAGACAUAUGCAAACCAAUUAUCAAGAUGUUCACAUGGCAUGUCCACAAAUGUAGUGAUCACCUACCAGCUAAUGACGAGACCCUGCCAUUUGGAUAUCAAAGUCUAAGAAGCAUUCAUCACAAAGAAAGAAGUUGACUUCGCAUGCAACUCUCUGUAUUGAUCGACAGAAGUUGUUUUCACAUGCAGUCUUUUUGUUGAUCGUCAGAAGAUGGCAUGUUGUGCAAGCCCGGGUGUUGAUCAAGAUAUAUUGAUAAAUGAAAACAACUGUGGCGAUCGAGAUAUAUUGGCAUCAAUUGACAACUACUGUGGAUUUCCAGACAUGUUUACAUCAAAUGACAGUUUUUAUAGCAAAGAUGAGGGGCAGUUCUGGUGCGACACCUGCGGGCGUGGUCUGGCGGACCCGGGUAGCUUAACACAGCAUGUUUCAGAGCACAUUGAUGAUUCCAUUGCAAACACAAAUUACUCCCAUGUCAGCCACACUACCCAUGCAGACCUGUUGAGUAACCAGGAAAGUAUAAUUGACAAAGAUGACCAGACAACAUUAGGGGACAAAAUGCUAGAUGCUUUCAACUCUCACCAGACUGCUGGAAGUCAAUACGUGUGUUCUGUCUGCAGGGAAAAAUUUAUUGAUAUGCAGGAGUUAAAAAGGCACCGACAACUUCACAGUGAAACAGACAUAACCUCUCCAAAUGAAAAUUCACUUAACGACAACCAGGAUGUUCUUAACUGUAAUUUGAACAUGAAUAGUAGUAAAAUGUUUCUUAAGCACAGGGUAUCCAAUAAUGGAUUUAUUUUGUCAAGCGACGUAACUAAGCCUACGAGGAUUCCCAAAAGAAAUCGACAGCAUGACUGCAGCGUGUGUGAAAAGGGCUUUUUAUACGGCUCUGAACUCGCGAGGCAUAUGAGGAUUCACACAGGAGAGCGGCAACAUAGUUGCAGCGUGUGUGGAAAGGACUUUGUCUCCAGUUGUAGUCUCAAAACUCACCAUAUGAGGUUUCACACAGGAGAGCAGCCAUAUAUGCAGCGUGUGUGGAAAAAAAUUUACCAUCAAUGGCAAUCUUGUUAAGCAUAUGACCAUUCACACUGGAGAGCGGCCACACAGUUGCAGAGUGUGUGGAGAAACAUUUAGCCACAAGGACCAUCUCGCUAGGCAUAUGAGGAUUCACACUGGAGAGCGGCCUUACAGUUGCCAUGUUUGUGGAAAGAAAUUUGCCCGAAAUUACACUCUCACUGAUCAUAUGAGGAUUCACACAGGAGAGCGGCCAUAUAGUUGCAGCGUGUGUGGAAAAAAAUUUACCACCAAUAGCCAUCUUGCUAGGCAUAUGAUGAUUCACACUGGAGAGCGGCCACACAGUUGCAGCGUGUGUGGAAAGAGCUUUGUAACCACAUCCUUACUCAAGGAGCACAUAAUGUUUCAUAACGGUGAGCAGCCGAACAGAUGCAGCGUAUGUGACAAAAGCUUUUCAACUAAAUCAAACCUGAAGGUGCACAUGAGGUACCACACCGGGGAAAAACCUUUCCACUGUGCGAUCUGUGGUAUGAAAUUCAUCAAAAAAAGAACUCUGGAUACACAUUUACGGAGCCAUAAUGAGUUGAAAUACGAGUGCAAAUAUGAGUGCCUAAAAGAGGAAGUUUCCUAAGUCAUCAUCAUUAAAUUCGCACAUUACUCGCGUUCAUUCUGGCAAACCUAGUAAGAUAUUUGAGCCUUUUACAGUUUAAUAUGAACGUAAAAACACAAAGGAUUCAUACACAGGGAUAUUAUUUUACAAAGAUCCGUCCAAUUGGUGAUCAUGUUAAGAAAUUUAUUAUUCAAACCUGAACAUUUGCUGAUUGUGUGAUUAUCUUUCUCCGUAUAUAUAUAAACACAUACAAAUAUUUACUUUGACUAAACAAUGAAUGUAAAUAAUCCGAUCUAGCUAUGCUGUGGAAUAGCUUUAAUUUAUAUUUAAACUUACAUGAUGUUCAACUGACUUAGCUUUGACAUUGGCUUCGUGCAGCUUUGGAAGCUUGACGAAGUUCUUCUAAAUUCGUCGUUUUUCCGAUACUGCCCGACACUUAAAUGUUCGGGUGGCGGGAAUUAACACAGAAUAUAUUGUCGCACAAAAUAUAUUAAAACGAGCAUUUGGUAUCUCGUAAAGUCUUUGUUACCAUAGGACGUCUAGCGUUGAAAUUUUAGCUAUUGCUAUAAGAAAAACUAACCUUCUAUGGGAAAACUUUAUUUAACGAAAUAUUCGUUGAUUUUGAGACUUUUAGUUAACUUUAAUCAAUAAAAUGUUGGAUAUACCACUG